GUUUUUGUCGGAGAAGCACGCGUGUGUGCCGAGGCUUCGACUGAGGGACGAUGACGGGACGGCAGCUCGUAGCAGCGCUGACGAUGCUGGCGCUCGCGGCGCCCGCCAGCGCCCAAACUAAAGUCAACAUCAUGUCACUUUAUGAAUCCACGAACACGGCUGCAGAGUCCGGCAUCAUGGCGGCACUGAAAUAUUUUGCUGCUAACCCAACUGAGGGCAUCACUGUUGAGCAUCACUACUACAAGCCAAUCGUAGAGGGAGACAACAUCGAGUCGACGGUUAACGCAACGUGUGACGUGUUCGACGCGGCGGUGGACGCCUCGGCCCCACCUCACCUCAUCCUGGACGCGACGAGGACGGGCAUCAUAAGAGACACUGUCAAGACCUUCACUAAAGCCCUCGCCCUGCCCACCUUCAGCGCCUCCUUCGGCCAACAAGGCGACCUCAGGGAGUGGCGGGACCUGACGGCGUCCCAGGACCAGUACCUGGUGCAGCUGCUGCCGCCCGCAGACGUGUUGGUGCAGGCGGUCAGAGACAUGGUCAACACCCAGAACAUCACCAACGCUGCUGUCAUAUACGACGACACUUUUGUGAUGGACCACAAGUACAAGUCGCUGCUUGAGAACCUCCCUUGUCGCCACAUCAUCACUCGCGCCGCCGACACCGACGCGGCAUUACGGGCCCAACUGACGCGGCUCAAGGAGGCGCUGCUGGUUUACUACUUCGUGGUCGGUAGCCAGGACACCAUCAGGAAGGUCCUCGAGGCAGCCAACGCAAUGCAGCUCUUCGGCAAGAAGUAUUCCUGGUACGCCGUCACCAAGGAAGAGGGCAGCAUCGGGUGCGGGUGUGACAACAGCACUGUGGUUGUGAUGCAACCAAUCAUGGAUGCUGCCAUCAUGGCCAGGGUUGAGAAGCUCAAGAAGGAUUAUGGGUUGACUGCUAAGCCAGCUGUUGAUGCAGCCUUUUAUUUCGAUUUUGCAGUCCGCGGAAUUAAGGCAAUUGCUCAGAUGGUGAAGAACGGGAAGUUUGCUAGCUUCGCCUUUGUGAAGUGUGCCGACUUUGACGAGAGAAAACCGCCCACCAGAGAUGAUUUCAACCUCAGGGCCGCACUGAAGGCUGUGAAGAUUGAAGAAACUUCUGAUCCUAUCGUUUGGAAUGGCAACGGAAAGAGCUACAUACCUUACAAGAUGUCCAUUAUCAAGGUGGAGAUUCUGAAGGGUAAGAUAGACAAGGUAGCGGGCGAGACGUCCAUGGGCCAGCUCGAGGUCGGUGUCAGGGACGGAGUGAGGUUCGAGCUCAGCAAGAGCCUCGCCUCGCAUCAGGCCAUCACUGUGUAUCGCGUGACGACCGUCGAGCAGCCCCCGUUCAUCAUGAAGCGUAUCAACAGCAACGGAAAAGUUGAAUUCUACGGCUACUGCAUCGACCUCAUCGACGAGAUCCGCAAGAUUGUCAACUUCGAAUAUGAAAUUUCAGAGGCUCCUGAUGGGUUGUUUGGCACCAUGAAUGACAAGGAGGAAUGGAAUGGCAUGAUCAAGGAGCUUAUUGAUAAGCGAGCGGAGAUUGCGCUGGCGCCGCUGUCAGUGAUGGCGGAACGCGAGAACGUCGUCGACUUCACCGUACCGUACUACGACCUGGUCGGCAUUACGAUCCUCAUGCUCAAACCAAAGACUCCAACGUCGCUGUUCCGUUUCCUGACGGUGCUGGAGCCAGAGGUGUGGGGCUGCAUCCUGGUCGCCUAUGCCUUCACGAGUGUGCUGCUGUACAUAUUCGAUAGGUUUAGCCCGUACAGCUACCAGAACAACAGAGAAAAAUACAUCGAUGACGACGAGAAAAGAGAGUUCAGCUUCAAGGAGUGCCUAUGGUUCUGCAUGUGCUCACUCACUCCUCAGGGAGGUGGUGAAGCCCCCAAGAACUUGUCGGGUCGGUUGGUGGCGGCCACUUGGUGGCUGUUCGGCUUCAUCAUCAUCGCCUCGUACACCGCCAACUUGGCUGCCUUCCUCACAGUCUCCCGUUUGGACACGCCCAUCGAGUCGCUCGACGACCUGGCCAACCAGUACAAAGUGCAGUACGCGCCCAUGAACGGCACCUCGACCAUGACGUACUUCCAGCGUAUGGAGUACAUCGAGAAGAAAUUCUACGAGAUCUGGAAGGAUAUGUCACUGAACGACUCGAUGAGUAACGUGGAGCGCGCCAAACUAGCCGUGUGGGACUACCCAGUCAGCGACAAGUACACCAAGAUGUGGCAGAGCAUGCAGGAGGCCGGACUGCCCACGGACUUUGCCAGCGCCCUCGCCAGAGUCAGGGCAUCCAAGUCUACCUCGGAGGGAUUUGCGUACCUGGGUGAUGCGACGGACAUCAGGUAUCUGGUGCUGACCAACUGCGACCUGCAGAUCGUGGGCGAGGAGUUCUCGCGUAAGCCUUACGCCAUCGCCGUGCAGCAAGGCUCGCCGCUCAAGGACCAGUUCAACGAUGCCAUUCUGAAGUUGCUGAACCAGCGCAAGCUGGAGACGCUGAAGGAACGAUGGUGGAAUCAAAAUCCCGAGAAGAAGUCCUGUGAGGCCGAGAACGACCAAAGCGACGGUAUCAGCAUCGAAAACAUUGGUGGUGUGUUCAUCGUAAUUUUCGUUGGCAUUGGUCUGGCGUGCAUCACGCUUGCCUUCGAGUAUUGGUGGUACAGGCAUCGUAAGGGGGCAACCGUGGCUGACUCCACCAGGGUGGUGGCGGUGCGGCAAUUUGCCGAAAAGCCCAGCAACAAUUUCAGCAAGGACAACAAAAGAUUGCAUGGAGACAUGCAUCCUGUUGAUAAUGCAUGGUGAUGACUUCGGUUGCGUUGAACGACAUUCAAAAGGUGACUUGGCACCCAGUUUGGAUUCGGAGCAGAAGUCUGCGCCGAUUGAAGCAACAAAUUAAGCAGGUUUAGGAGAAAAUCGGCAUCCCAGCAGAUUUGAAACUGGAUUUAAAACGCCCUUGCCAGAAGCGGCUGAUUCGCAGCAUGAAUCUCAUAUUAUGAGUACAUAUAUAAGCCUCAUAAAGAGACAUGCCUACCAAAUGCCUGCUACCCCACUGAUUCUAGCCUGCCUUGAGCGGCUUCUGCCCGUCUCAAACACUGCUUCAAGUUUUAACUGUGCAUGGUCGCCUUCACUCGAAGAAAAAGCAAGACUCAUCCGAUAUAUUGAGAUCAUCAUGUGCAUAAUUUGAUUUAUUUUCUCACUGUAGAUCAACCAAAGUAAUCUUCAGUAGAAUUAAAUGAUUUUAUGAUUAGAUUAGCUGUUUAGUUAUUGAUCUAAUGAAGUUUGCACCUUUUUGUUACUUCUAUGAUGACGAAAAAUUUAAUGGCAGCAUUAGAGGAAAUAAAUAUCCGUGCACACUAGGCCAUGCGACUGUAGCAUUAGAAUUAUAGCAAAGACUAUGUCAUGACCGAUGAGGCGUUAAGAAAAUCUGGACGAUUUGCUGACUGUGGUGUCGUAACUAUUGGUAAUGCAUAUUAUUUGCUAAUUGAUAUGAAAUAUUAUUGGUAGAGGGAAGAAGAAGCUUGAUUGUCUCAGAUCCUUUCAUUAGUUUAUAUAUUUUUCAUUUCUCCGGCACUACUUGGGUAGCCUAGUGCAUAGCUGGCAUCAAUAAUAACAAAAUGAAAUGCAAAUAUUUGUGUAUUUACUGCAGGCUUUCAGUUUGAUUUCAUAGUCAUGGAAUAAUUAUAAGCUCUUUAGACGUACUCGUACCUAAAUGAAAAGACUCAAUUUGUGAGAUGAAAUAAAUGUUUCACAAGCUUGCUCUAUUCUAGCAAUUAAUAUAAU